AGCGCCUCUUGUUGAUGACGAACUUGUCAACUGUGGCGCUUCUCUCUUUAGCUGACAUGCUUCUCCUGUAAAGACUGACCCCGAAUAGUCAUGGCUUUGAAUCGCUUGAACCUGCUGCGACCCUUUCUGUGUCAGUCCCUGGUACGGCCUGCCAGGUCUCCACUCACAGUCACCUCUUGGGUCGGUUUCAGACCACCGAUUUGUCCUGGUACCUCCCUCCACCCUGGUCCUGCAUGCAUCAGGCUCUACGCCACCAAGAAAGCAAAAGCCAAGGCAAAGGGCCAGUCAGCUAAGGUGAAUAUUAAUUCGUCUUUGGUGGAAGACAUCAUCAGUCUGGAUGAAGUGAAGGACGACAUGGCCGCAGUCCUCAGUGCACUCCGAGAUGAGUUCACACGUAACCUCAGCAUCCGAACCUCGCCAGGGGCUCUGGAUCACAUUGUGGUGACGACUCAAGAUGGGAAGUUUCCUCUGAACCAGCUGGGUCAGAUCUCCAUGAAGUCCCCUCAAGUCAUUAUGGUCAACAUGAGCAGCUUCCCUGAAGCUACAGCGGCGGCCACCCGUGCCCUGAGAGAGAGCAGCAUGAACUUAAACCCAGAGGUGGAUGGGACGAUCAUCAAGGUGCCCGUUCCCAAAGUGACACGGGAACACAGAGAAAACCUUGCCAAGUUGGCCAAACAAUUCAGCAACAAGGCUAAAGACUCUCUGAGGAGAGUGCGCUCCAAUUCUGCCAACCAGGUGAAAAAGGCAAAAGAGGGUCACUCUGAAGACACAAUACGACUCGUAGAAAAACAGAUUCAACAGAUGGCAGACAACAUUGCUGCAGAAAUCGACAAACAGCUUGCAGCCAAGACCAAAGAACUUUUAGGAUGACCGUAGGAAAAGAAAACCAAUAAGUCUCCAAUUACAUAUUUCAGCAUCGAUAAGGCGAAUGUCAACCUGUUGGUAACAGAGACUGGAUCAUAAUGGAGACCUAGCUUCUGAAUCAUCCACAUUUUGGUCUGCUGAAUCUUUUCUUCUUGCCCACACUGUUGGGUGCCCAUUAUUGCUGUGCGAUAUUUGCGUCCAGCUGCAUAAAGGCGUAAACAGAAACUGGCACGGAAAUGGCAACAACGACGACAGACUGCCUGUCCCCUCCCUCCUCUUCCUUGUUACUCUCCCCAUCUUCAAACAUCCAACAGGGGACGAAUGGCCUUUUAAUGAGAUUUGUGGGCCUCCUCCUAAUCAAACUCCUCGCCACAGUCUGUUUAUACAAAGCAAGCGCACCCAUCCGAAUGUAAACUGCGUCUUACCCUUGGUGGCAUGAGUAAGACGCAGUUUGUUCUCGAAACUUCGGCAGAUACCAUUAGCGUGUUGCCAAACAUUUGUUUCGCAUUGAUUCUCAGUCUGGUAUAAAUGCACAUCAGGAGGGAGGAAAAAAGAGCCUUUAGUUUCUGUCCAUGUCUAGGAUUGAUAACAUGGCUACUCUAUUUUAAACACAAUAAAGUCAGGAAAGACACAUUAUUGAUGGACCCCAUUAAAGAAACACUGCUUUGAAGCAUGUGCGUCA